GGUCCAGUCGCCUCGGAUUCUCGGCUGUAUUUCUCCUUGUCAGAAACGAGGGAGAGCAGGGGAUCGAGGACGAGCGGGCGAAGGCUGCCUAUACGGGGGAUACUUAGCGUUGGGUUUAAAUAACACUGGUUUGACGUCGACGAGCGCUCGCCUUGUAAGCGACAGACGGCACCAGGAUGUCUAGAGAGGUGCAGCAGAGGCCGGACGACAGCCCCAACACAAGCGGCGGCAGCUCCGAUGUGGAGCAGCGGGAAUCCACGGCACCGGAACCAGAACCGGAGCACGAGCGGGAACAGACGCAGCCCAAGAAAAAGGAAACCAAAAUAUCGAGCAAGACGGCUGCCAAGUUGUCCACCAGCUCCAAGCGGAUCCAGAAGGAGCUGGCAGAAAUCACGCUGGACCCGCCGCCCAACUGCAGUGCGGGGCCCAAGGGAGACAACAUCUACGAGUGGAGAUCCACCAUCCUGGGACCGCCGGGGUCCGUGUACGAGGGGGGGGUCUUCUUCCUCGACAUCGCCUUCACGCCCGACUACCCCUUCAAACCGCCUAAGGUGACAUUCCGCACGAGGAUCUACCACUGCAACAUCAACAGCCAGGGCGUGAUCUGCCUGGACAUCCUGAAGGACAACUGGAGCCCCGCCCUCACCAUCUCCAAGGUGCUGCUGUCCAUCUGCUCCCUGCUCACCGACUGCAACCCCGCUGACCCCCUGGUUGGGAGCAUCGCCACACAGUACCUGACCAACAGAGCGGAACACGACAGGAUAGCCAAACAGUGGACCAAGCGAUACGCCACAUAGAUCCUCGGAGCCACGCCCCCCCCCCAAACCACCACCUCCCCCUUGCUCCUUGCUUCACCAAAACUCGUGUCCCUCCCCCUCCCCUCACUCUGUGAAAGCACACCCAGUCAGUGCGGCCUUGCCCCCCCCCCCCCAUCCCUCACACCUUUUCUUUUUGUGAAAAGAAUCGUCCUUUGUUCCUUGUUGACUUGAAAGCUUCUUUUUAUACAAAGAGCAGACUUGGAUUUUAUUUUCCAACUCACUGAAUGUUGAAACUGUCAUAGAAAAAAAGCUUGAUGAUGAUGAUGAUUAUUAUUAUUAUUAUUAUUGUUGUUAUUAUUAUCCAGCUGAAACGUGUUUCCUCUCCUUUGAAAGUGACAGCAGGGACAUUGCAGGUGAUAUUUUGUUUCCAUUCUCGCCUAGUGUUUAGAAUGAGUUUUUUUUUUUAUGAAGUCAUUUAUGAUUCACGUCCGCAGGAAGAUGAUGGAGAUUUAAUUUUUUACCCGACGCGCGGCGUUCGAAUACACUAUCCGAGCUCUACUUUCCUAAUUUUUUAACGUAUGUAUUUUUUUUAAGAUGGCAGCUGCGGAGGUGUCCGUCUGCCUGGUGUAGAGAGACGGCUGUGUAGAUUUUUCUCCUGCCUGCUGCGGUUUGAUGACAAAGCUGUUUGCUGUACACUCGCCUUGUGGACGCGCUCAAUAAAACACUGGCCAAACCUGAACCCCA